AUGUCUCUCCGUCGCACUGUCCUCGAUCUCCACCGCCAAACCAACAACCUCUCGCUCUUAAAGUCAUUGCCCUUCUCGAUUUCGUCCGCUUCCGCCACCCCCGCCGCAUCCGCCGCCGCCAUGCGAUUCCUCCCCGGAAGAGAUCUCUCCUCGAUCCCCUUUGCCAUAGCCCAGAAGCUUAAAUCGGACUCCGCGAGCCUCGUCGCCGAUCGUUCGAUUUCUUCUCUCCGGCAAUCUGGUCUCGACAGGGCAGCGCAAUUCUCUCGUCUCCAGACGUCUCGAGGUUACACUAACGCAUCUUACUUGCCGAAAGUCCAUUUACUGUAUCACAUAAAUGAAGGAAUGGAAGAAAUUUUGGCGGAUUAUGUUCACCAGGAAAUGACCAGGAAUCUGAUGGUCAUCUCUCUGGGCUUGUUCCAGUUUAUCGUUAUCAAAGAUGUUUUCGUGUUUCUUUUCUUCUGA